UUUUCAAGUGGAUGUUACAAGGUGAAGACGAGGCUCCGAGCUGACGAUAAACAAGUCUUCGUUUUUGUUUGACAGCACUCGAGGACUUCGAGGACUUCCAAGCAGAUGGCCUUAAGUGUGUCUGACAGGGCCACGGGGGCCAUCAUCGGGGGAGCAGUGGCAGAUGCGGCAGCCCAGCCCAUGCACUGGAUCUACAAUGCAGACACGCUAAGGGAGGUUCUGUCUGAUCUGGAGCCGUUUCCCGAGUUCAGGCCUCAGUCAGUGAACCCUUUCUACCUGAGGACAACUGGAGAGCAGACCUGCUACGGAGACCAGGCGUUUGUCCUGCUGGAGACACUGAGUCAGUGUGGAGAUGUCGACGUGGACGACUUGACCAAGCGCAUCUACAAGUUCUUUGGUGCAGGAAGCGUGUACGACCUGCCUCUCAAUGACCCUUACAGGAAGAAAGGAGGUCCCAAAGCCGUGCUGCCCAUCGAUGGCCCGUGGAGGAACAGCAGCCUGAAGGCUUUCAUCAGGAACGUGGACGCUGGCAAAGAGGAAACUGGCUGUGAAGUGGACUGUCAGAUGGACGGCGUCACUAAGCUGGCUCCAGUGGUCGCCAUGUUCGCCGGGCGGCCUGAGAUGCUGGAGAAAGUGGAGAAAGCCACACGGGUCACGCAGAACGACGACAUGUGUGUGGCUGUGACUCUGGCUGCAGCGAGGAUUUUGGAGCAUUUUAUUCUGAAUGGUCCAGAUCCCAAAGCUCUGGACGCAGUUCUGGCUCAGAUGAAUGACCCAAAGAGACAGAACCCUCAGGAGCUGGACCGGGCCGUCAUCGCACAACUCCACCAGGUGAAGGAGAACCUGGGGAAGACGUCCCAGCAGCUCAUACCUGCUGUGUUCACAAACACAUGAGUGUUGCCCGAUGCGUUCCAGGGAGCGCUUCACGGAGUCCUGACGCUGACCCAGCUGGAUGAAGCAGUCAGGGACACCAUGCGCUGCGGGGGAUGCACCGCCAGCCGAGCCUCCUUCAUAGGGGCCUGUUUAGGGGCACAGAUCGGUCUCCAGGGAAUCCCAGAGUCUUGGCUGAAGAGGACGUUCAGAUAUCCGCGGCUGCUGGAGUUGGCUGAAAACCUCGUCCAGAAAAAGUCAGCAGAUGUAGUUUAGCUUUGAAAUCGACUCAAACAAACCCUGUCCAUGAUUAUUCUUUCAAAGCUAUUUUAAGAGACUUUGCUGUAUUGCAGUACUUUGACAUGGCCGCCCAUGACAGUCUCAUUUUAAAGUCUUGGACUGAAUGAAACUUGAAACUUCUGUUUGCUUUGUCAAAGACGUUUCAUGCAGGAAAGUGAAAAUGUGUUUUCAUGUUGUGAUGAGGACACGAGAAACAUUUUACUAAAACAGCUGCAUUGUAAGAAAAAUGUUUUUUUGAAAUGAAUAAAGAACUUUUGAAUGGU